UAGUUGGAAUCUCAGGACGGCAGACUACGGAGAACGGUAAAUCGCGUGCAGCGUUGUCCGGAGAAAGAGAAUUGCGCGCGCGUUUGCUAUUCUCUUCUUUCUUCUUCACUGUACUUUUCUCUCAGUGCAAAUGCAGGUCAGCGAAAGCUUCUCGUGCACACGCAUACACACACACGCACAAUCGCCGCGCUUUAGCCAUUAACCGUUAAGUGCCGCAAGGUUACACUGCGUUCACACUAGUUACAUUUGAAAUGCAAACGCCGCCAGUCUACCGCAGAAUCCGCAACAACAACAAAAGAAGCAACAACAACAAGCACAGCCGGAGAGUCCGCCAUUGAAACACUCGCAAGAAUCCGCAGCGGAUCGGAGAAGAGGCCAGCAGAAAGACAAGAUCCCCAUCCAGCAUUGCGCCUGCUCAGCAGAAUCGGGCCAUCCAGAAGCUGCUGACAACACAGAAUUCCCAAAUGGAGACAAAGAAUCCCCCGCCGGUGACGAGCAGCUAUCACCACCAGCGGGCGCCGCGGACGCCGGAGUCGUACUUCAACGUGCCGGAAUCGGUGGCCCUGCUGAACAUCGUCAAGUCGGAGCGCAUCCAGAGCGCGUUCCAGUCGAACCGGAAGAACCAUGCCAGCGUGUGGGAGAUGGUGGCCGAGGUGCUCAACCGCUUCAGUGCCCGGAAGCGGACGGCCAAGCAGUGCUGCAACCGGUACGAGAACCUUAAGAAGAUCUACACGCAGCUGAAGAAGAAUCCCGAGCGCCACGUCCGCCGCAACUGGCCAUACAUGUUCCUCUUCAAGGAGAUCGAGGAGCAGCGCGGCGAGUGCUGGGGAUCGAAUGGCAAGCGCCUGGCGCUCAUAACCAAGAACCACAACGAGCUCUCCUACUACCAGCGCCGGCGGCAGGCGGCCGAGCUGGGAGUGCUGCUCAACAAGGACAACCUCACCCCGCACCAGCACAGCCUCCUGCAAAGCCUUAGCCAGAGCCAAAGCCAGAGCCACUCGCACGCCCACUCAACGGAUUCCUCGCAGAGCGGGAGCAAGCUGGAGCGCUUCCUGCCCAACCACUUUGUGGAGACGCAGCUGAGCGAGGUGGCCGGCCCGGUCGGUGGAUCCGCAUCCGGCGUAUCCGGCCUGUCCGCCGGCGGCUUUGACGAGAAUCCCCUCCAGAUGCAGAUGGUUCAAGCAGCUGCUGCCGCUGCCGCCGUGGCCGCCCAUAAGCGACAUGAGCUCCAGAUGGCCAGCGUUGGCGGCGUCCAAAUGGCGCCUGAGGACGACGACGAGGAUGAGCCCCACCGGCCAGCAUUUAAAAACCACCUCCACAGCCUGGGUCAUGGCCAUGCUCUCGGCUUGGGUCACGCGCCACUGGACGACUCCGGCGAAGCACCCGACUUCGAAAAGGACUGCAAUGGAGCACUCAACAUGCACCACCAGAACAACAACCACAACGAGAACCACAUAUCAAUGAAGUCGGAGCCACUUUCGGAGGGGGAAUUCAAUCCGGACGACAUCCAGCUGAUGCAGACGAACUACAAUGGGGCGCAGAACUACUAUUCGCCGGGCAUGGAUCCGAAUAUACUGCACCCCGACGUGAUCGUCGACACAGACAUCCUGUCCGAUUGCUCCUCAUCGACAACGCUGAAGAAGAAGCGCAAGAUGUCCACCUCCACCGACGGCGACAGCACCAAUUACGAGCUGAUUGAGUACCUGAAGCGGCGCGAGAAGCGGGACGAAGAGUUCCUCAAGCGGAUGGAUGCGCGCGAGGAUCGCCUGAUGAACCUGCUGGAGCGCACUGUGGUGGCCAUUGAAACGCUGGCCGUAAAGCGGGCACUUUCGUUUCCAGUGGCAAUCAAAGAGAACACGCCAGCGACAACCAGACCAUUUUCACCGCCACCAGGGGCUCAGUUUGCAGCGCCACCAGCUACACAGGAGCAGCCCAGUCCGGAGCGCAACGGCAAUCCGACAGACAGGGGCGGCACCGUUCCCGUCGCGAUUGAGGAUGCCGCCAUUGAGGUGCCCGACGACGGCGAUAGCGGUGACGAUGCUCAGGUGAAGGACAAGCUGGCCAAGCUGGUACCGAAGGCUGGCGGAGAUGACCGGGCGGAUGCCAGGCAGACGUAGAAUAGAAUGCACCCACUACUUUAACAUACAGUCGCUCGCUAGAUCUACUUAAGACUUCUACCUAUAAACCCUCCCUACCACCACUCCCGACCGGAUGGCGGAGAGGAUACAGUGCCAAAGAAGAGCCAUGUCUCGAAUUUCAAUUGAGAUUGCCAUUUUUACUUAGAGAAUCUACAAACGUGCUUAGCGGACGAAAGAAACUUAAUGGAAUGUUAGGCACCGCAAUUUUUGUUGAAGCGAUGAUCUUAAUUCUCUUAAUUAGCUUUUAGUUAGGCGGAAUCCCACCUACGGAUGCCAAAUGAAUCUCAACACAGCCGGAUUCACACCGCUACGAUAAUCUAGUUGGAGCUGCAACGGGGCUCAAAUGCAUUUGUGCAGUAACUAAAGCACAAACAUUUCUUUUUUUUUUGUAAUCUAGAUGAAUACAUGUACCAUUUAA